CAUAGCAGCCGAAAACAAGUACAUUGCAGGAUGCUGGGUCUGACAUGUCUAUGCCUCCUGGUGGGGUCAUCAAUAGCAGCUGGCGUCCAGUCGCGCAUGUCAUCCUUUGCUGGGGAGCACGGCAGUGGAGGAGGAACCGCAUUCUCAUUCUCUUCUGAGCAGCUGAAUGGACCUAUAACCGGCCUGAGAGUGCGUGAGAACCCAAGCCAUGUUUUAGGGCUCCAGUUUAAAUAUGGCGAUAUUUGGGGUACAUACUAUGGGAAUCCAUCGGGAACCCUGCAUGAAGUGCUGCUGUACCCCGGUGAGAACAUCACCCAGGUCUCCGGCAAGUCGUCUUCGUAUGUAAAUGAAGUGAUCUUCAUCACCAGCCUGGGACGCAUCAUACGUUUCGGGCAGCCCUCAGGAAACAGCUUCAAUGAUUUCCCUUUAUACCGAGGAACCGCACUCCGCUACGUCAGCGGCCGAUACUCCUCCGUAAUUCACAGCAUCGGCUUCCACUGGGGUGUUCAGCCGGGCUGCGUGCACUGCAAGGAGGGAGAGAUAGGAGCCUAGAGAUACGGCUUGUAUAUAGCGGUCAGUGCCACGAGAUGCCCGCUUCUACCCUCCUCACUGAAUAUUCUGCUCAUUCUGUAAACUAA